AGUCUAUAUAAGGGGCGCUCAAGCAUCUCCAGUGUGACGGAGCUUGGAUCAAACGAGAGAUCAUGGCAGCGAAAAUGUUUAUAGUUAUUCUGCUCUUCUAUGCAGUGUUCAAUGGGCUGGAUACUCACAUGCAGCAGAAUGAAGUAACCUUUGACCAACUGCUUUCCCGUACACUGGUGAAUAAGAGAGAACCGUGGGAUUUUGUUUACAGCAGACCCUUGCGGUGUUUUGACAUGGUGGCAACAGAGGGCCAGUUCACAUUCAGCAGUGACCAUGCUCACCCUAACUGUGGAGUCUUCUUCAUCGGUGAGCCCAAUGAGGUCAUCAGUAUCGAACUCAGCAUGGUGGACAUCGACUGCAGUCAGGGAGAUAUAAUAAAGAUGUUUGAUGGCUGGAUCCUGAAUGGAGACAUUUUCCCAAGCUCUCUUGACCAUUCUCUCCCUAUGAGCGAGCGCUACGUGGACUACUGCACGUCAGGCAUGGCCAAAGGAUUGUUCCAGUCCUCGCAAAACGUGGCCAUGAUGCUUUUCCGAGUCCACACAGCGAGGAAAGGCUUCAGCGUGACACUGAAGAAACACAUCAACCCGUUCCCUUGCAACAUCAUUUCCCAAACUCCAGCAGGCAGUUUUACAAUGGUAAUCCCUCACCAGCGAAGAAACUGCAGCUUUUCCAUCAUCUACCCCGUUGAGAUUCAGAUUACCAAGCUCAGCCUGGACCAGUCACAAUCAAAUGAUGUUGCCCUUGAGAGGCCCGGGUCUGACUGUGCUGAUUCAGACGACUUUGUCGUCAUUCUGGGAGGCAAUGCGAUUGACACAUCAAAGAUGCUCCCUGUAACGGACCUGUGUUUCUUUCUGGAAAGCCAAACUCAAAUGAAGAUUGGAUGUGACAAUACUGCUGUGCGAAUGGUUGCUAGCGGAAGAUACAUCAACAGUGUGUCUUUCCAAUACAGGCUGCUGGAGCACAAUGAGUUACUCAAAGUAAAAGAGAAUACAGUCGAAGAUUUCUGCUCUUUAAAAUGAGUUGUGAGAAAUGUUUUUAAUGAGUGAUGAGGACUUUAAAUAUCCCCUUUUAAUAUGCAUCAUAAAAUAAAAAAUCACACAUGU